ACACGUACAGCACUUGUUGUAACACAGCUUUAGAGUCUGACUGGGGAUUGUUGUUACACAUGAGUAAGAGUGCACACUCAGCCAUGCAAAAGAAAGCUCACUGUACCUAAUUCAUCCUGAUUUUCAGUACAGAGCAAAUAGCCCCUAACGUUUUGGACACUCAAAAAAGAACUCAGAAAUUUUCAGAUUUUAGAGUAUUNUGAAUUAUAAUUUUUCAGAUCAAGAAUACUUAGACAUUAGUCAUUUCAGACUUUGGGUCUGAAAACUUUCAAAAUCAUAAGUCCUUUUGGUCUCAAGCAAUUUGGAUAAGAGAUUCUGAGUUUAUAUUAUCUCAGACAAACCACCCUGCCUCUGGGCUUUGUCCCUGUCAAUGCAACACUUGAACAUUUGAGGUAUUAUUUUCUAGUGUCUGUUGUCUGUUUCUUCGUUAGUUUUCUUUUUGCUUUGGUUAGAUUAUAGACAACAAGCAUUCUGGGUUUCCAUAUGGAUUUCCUGACAGACCCUGUAGGUCUCUCUCUCAGCGCUCAAUCCUAGCUGCGGCUCUCAGAGUUGGCUGUGGGUUUGAAGCUGGCUGGACAGAAGAUGUGUUGCUGAAGGACCGUUUAUUUCUGGAGAAAACAUUGACACUUCCAGCGACCUAAUGCUGGCUCAGAUGCUGCAGAUGGAAUUUGACAGAGAAUAUGAUGCACAGCUUAGGCGUGAAGAAAAGAAGUUCAAUGGUGAUAGCAAAGUCUCCAUUUCAUUUGAAAACUAUCGGAAAGUUCAUCCUUUUGAAGACAGUGACAGCUCUGAAGACGAGGUUGACUGGCAGGACACUCGAGAUGAUCCCUACAGACCAGCAAAGCCAAUUCCUACUCCCAAAAAGGGUUUUAUUGGAAAAGGAAAAGACAUCACCACCAAGCAUGAUGAAGUAGUAUGUGGAAGAAAGAACACAGCAAGAAUGGAAAAUUUUGCACCUGGCUUUCAGGUAGGGGAUGGAAUUGGAAUGGAUUUAAAACUAUCCAACCACGUCUUUAAUGCCUUAAAACAACAUGCCUACUCAGAAGAGCGUCGGAGUGCCCGUCUCCACGAGAAGAAGGAACAUUCUACCGCUGAAAAAGCAGUUGAUCCUAAGACACGCUUACUUAUGUAUAAAAUGGUCAACUCUGGAAUGUUGGAGACAAUCACUGGCUGUAUUAGUACAGGAAAGGAAUCUGUUGUCUUUCAUGCAUAUGGAGGGAGCCUGGAGGAUGAAAAGGAAGAUGGUAAAGCUAUACCAACAGAAUGUGCCAUCAAGGUAUUUAAAACAACCCUUAAUGAGUUUAAGAAUCGUGACAAAUACAUUAAAGAUGAUUUCAGGUUUAAAGAUCGCUUCAGUAAACUAAAUCCACGUAAGAUCAUCCGCAUGUGGGCAGAGAAAGAGAUGCACAAUCUUACAAGAAUGCAGAAGGCUGGGAUUCCUUGUCCAACAGUUGUACUGCUUAAGAAGCACAUUUUAGUUAUGUCUUUCAUUGGCCAUGAUCAAGUUCCAGCCCCUAAAUUAAAAGAAGUAAAGCUUAGUAAUGAAGAAAUGAAAGAUGCCUACUAUCAGACUCUUAAUUUGAUGCAGCAGUUAUAUAAUGAAUGUACCCUUGUGCAUGCUGACCUCAGCGAGUAUAACAUGUUGUGGCACGCUGGAAAGGUCUGGUUGAUUGACGUCAGUCAGUCGGUAGAACCAACCCAUCCUCAUGGCCUGGAGUUCUUAUUCCGUGACUGUAGGAAUGUUUCACAGUUCUUCCAGAAGGGAGGAGUAAAGGAAGCCCUUAAUGAACGGGAGCUGUUCAAUGCUGUUUCUGGCCUGAACAUCUCAGCAGACAAUGAAGCUGAUUUCUUAGCCGAGAUAGAAGCUUUGGAGAAAAUGAAUGAAGAUCAUGUUCAGAAGAACGGGAGGAAAGCAGCCUCGUUUCUGAAAGAUGAUGGAAGCCCACCUGUGCUGUCUGCAGACUAGUACAUCGGUGACGGACGGCCAGCUGCCAUAGCCAAUGAGUGUAGGUGACCUGACAUACCAAAGCAGGAGUGGACAGUGCUGCUUCUGGGCUUCUCACUUGUGACCCACGUGCCAGAUGUGUGCAAUUUUUAACUUGGCAUUGAAAGAAUAAAAUGUCACUACCUCUCAUCUUACAAAAGGGAUAAUAUAAUUCUUUAACAGGUACAGAUGUGUAGCCACAGGAGUCUGUAUUUUAUACAACUCAUGAUCUGAAGUGUCUAGAUGAGGAUUUUCACAUAGGCAGAGUUUCCAAAUGUGGGAGGUGGCGACUGAGGUGUUUGCAGGGGAGGCUCGAUGGCUGCACUGUGCUCCAUUCCACUCGCCUCCUGCUUUCCCUUGCGUCUUUGGGUGGAUGUUACUGUUUUAAAUUAGCCCUUCUCAGCUGUUUGACCGUGAGCCUGGAGACCCCAGUGGGCAUUAGAAAUGGGCAUUUGGCCUCAGUGGAUGGUGGAGAUAGUCAUAAGCAGGGGACCUUCUAUUGGUACCUCGUGGAUGUGUGGAAUUCUACAUUUCCAUCUCAUAGCCAGGAGAGAUGACAUAGGUUUCUAAAAGAUAAAUAUAGAAGGAUUUCUUAACUACGUUUUAAAACUUAACUUUCAGGUUUUCUUCAUUUAGGUUAAAUGGUUGGUUAUUUACAUUUAUAAUGAGACUACAAAGUAUCUGGAAGGGCAGAAUGUAAGAAUGGUAUCUGAUAUAUUUUAAGAAGGCAAUGAAACAUUUCAGUUUACAUUUCCCCAGAAUUGUUCACAUAUUGAUUACUAAUCAUUUGGAGAGAACUAGGACAAAGUCACUGGGGCUGUUAAAUAGUGGAAGACAAAGCCUGAACAACUCACGUGCUGAAUCAACCAGCUAAUUCGGCUGGCCGGCCUCUGCCUGAGAAGGUGAGCAUUGUUCUGAAGGCCAGUGCUGCUUGCUCUCACCUCGUUACCCCAGGUCCAGGAGUCACAUCGGAUCCACUAAACAGCUUCACUUUCUGUCUGCUUAUAAAGACUAAAUGUAAUUUAUAUUUGAAAAUUUUUAACAUUAUUUUAAAUUGCCAAAUAUGUUCUUUCUAGACUAUUUAUUUUUGUUUCUGUUUUACUGCUUUUAAUUGCAUUUCAGAGGAGUGUGAAUUUAGGUGACUCAUCCCGCUUAUGUUUGCUACUCCACACAGAGAUUUAAAUGAUGAGUAAUUAUUGGCUGGAUACAAAUUCCAGAAAACUCAUUAGAAACAAUCAUUUAAAACUUUGUUUGCUUUCUUGACAUAUUCUUUCUCAAACCAUUGCUUGGAGUGUGCUAUGAACUUGCCUUUCAAGAAAUUAAAAAUGAAGAGAUCAUUUUAGAAUUGGUUCAUUGUGUGGUUAAUUCUUAGUCCUUAUUUUAAUGUCCUGGCACCAAGACACCCUUUCUAUAGCAAAGUAAGCAGUGCAGUUUUAAACACACACACACACACACACACACAAUUUUUGUUUUGAGUUUUACAAAUUGUUUUUUUUUUCCCCCUUUUGUGAGGUCAGGACAUUUUUCACAUAGCUAGAUAUUGUAGGAGAUACUAGUUUGAUAAGUAAUCCAGUAAAGUAUGUAUAUAAUAGGAAUAUUUUGUCUUAUUUUAUUGACUGUGGAGAUGUA